AUGACUGCCGAAGGCUCGAUUCUCGUUACGGGGACCAAUGGGACCCUGGGUGCCAAGAUCGUUGCUACGAUCGUCAGCAACACCGCCAACGCCGCCAAGUAUCACGGCCUCUAUACUGUACGCAACGUCGACGGUGCCUCGAACCUCAAGUCUGUGCUCGCCAAGUCGCCCAAGGUGCACAAGCAUGACGUCCUGGCUCUCGACCUUGACCGGCUGCAGUCGGUGCGCGACGUGGCCAACGACAUCAAGAUGCGUGUGGCCACUGGCAAACUGCCUCCCAUCCGCGCGCUGAUCUGGAACGCGGGCUUCCAGGAGCAGUCCACCCAGACGUUCACAGAGGACGGCUAUGACACUACGUUCCAAGCCAACUAUCUGUCACACUGGCUGUUGACCGUGCUGCUUCUCGGCAGUAUGGACAAGGAGAACGGCCGCGUCGUCGUCGUGGGCAGCUGGUCUCACGAGUAUGACGUACUCUACGCCUGUACUGCCGACAAAAACAAUGAGUUCGGCGGCCAGACCUUCUAUUCCGACGAAAAGUGGAAGACAUUGUUCACGGACACAAAGUCGCUUGCGUAUGGCACUUUCAGUCCGCCCGACGGCGACCCAACUGGCGAUGCUGGUGUACGGCGCUACGGUGCCGCCAAAUUGUGCGAGGUGAUGAUGAUUCGUGAAAUGCAGGAACGAUUCGACAAGGACCCGGCCCUGUCCAACCUGUCCAUACUUGGUGUCGACCCAGGUGCGAUACCCACGAAUCUCCUCCGUCGUAGCAACUUUUGGUUCGCCAAGCCGCUCGCUGCCAAAUUUAUCACGAUCCCAUUGGGUUACGCCUGGUCCAUGGUAGAGUCGAACUCGGUGAUGCGCCCUGUAUCCAAGUCUGCGCGGGAUGUCUUGCGGGCUGCCCUUGAGUCGUCCCCGCCUCCGAUGAGCGAACACCCCAAGGGCCUGUACUUCAACGGCAAUGCACCGAUUCUGCAGGGCGCCGAGGCCCGUGAUCCGGCCAAAACGGGCGCCCUGUGGCGGGACAGUGUCAAAUUUACUGGCAUUGACGAGCACGACACGGUUCUCAAGGCAUGGAACUAA